AUGCAUCCUAACCCUUCCUCACUGCCACUCUCCGUAGAAUCCCACUGCAUCAUCAUCAUCAUCAUCAUCAGUACUUGGGAGAUUCUCCUCCCUUCUCGAAUCUCAACCCCUGUUUUGCUGACUCAGCGUUUCCGCUGGGGCGCGCGGUGNAACCCUAACCUCGAGCUCGACGAGAGCGACGUGGUCUGGUCCUCCUCCGCCGCCCCCGCCGCCGCCGCCGCCGACGAGGAUCCUUACUCCUUCGACUCCUCUACCUCGCCCCCCUCCUCCUCCGCCGCCGCCGCCUACUCGCCGUCCGAUCACCUGCGACGCCGCCACUUCGUCCCCGAGAGGUUCGGCCUCUCCGCCCUCCUCGCCGACGACGCGCCGCCGCCACGGCCCCCGGGCGCGGCGCGGCCGAUGCCGCUUCCGGCCCCGGCGCCGGACGAGAAGGUGAGGAACGGGUUCCGGCAAUCGGCGCCGGUGGCGGUGCCGGUGUGGCCGAAGAGGAGGGAGAGGAGGAGCGCCAUGGACGCGGCGGGGUACUGCGGGGAGGAGGGAAGGGGCAAGGAAGAGGACGGGCAGGAGGAAGAGGAGGGGGAGAUGGUGCCGCCGCACGUGAUCGUGGCGAGGUCGCACGCGACGAGGCUCUCGGUGUUGGAGGGGGCGGGGCGCACCCUCAAGGGCCGGGACCUCUGCCGCGUGCGCAACGCCGUGCUGCGAAAAACCGGCUUUCUCGACCUGUAAAUACCCUGAAGUUACUCUCUCUCCCUCUCAAUUGAUCUUGGGCUUUUGUUGAUUGUGUGAUCCAUUAAAACUAAAAAUUGUUUCUUUGUUACGUUCCCUUAAAAAUUGUUUCUUUGCUGUAUGGGUCUCUGCUGUAGAUUUUAUUUAGGGGGGUGGAGACGAUGCACUUCAACUCGGUGCAUACACUGUGGUCUGGUUUAGAGUAUUGUGUACAUAAGCUGUUUUAUUUGAUGUUUCUAAUAAUGAUUGAAGUUAAAGAAGUGAAUUUUAUUGCUUGACAUAUAUAUGCUAUAAAUGAGAGCCUAGUCACUGUUGGUGUUUGUA